CACUCCCCCUCUCUCCUAUAUAUCCUUGUAUAUCCUAGCCUCCUAGGAGGGGGUCAUAACUACUCAUAUGCUGGGGACUUGGACUUUGAUUAGUUUGAGCUAGCUACCUCUACCAAGUCCAACCUUGUUCCAUCUCAUCUCCAUUCCAAGCACACAUAGACCAUAUAAACCACAAACACAAGGCUAUUUGGCAUAUAUAGAUAGAUAGAUAGAUAGAUAGAUACUGGUAAGAGUGCAAAGGAAACUAGUAGUUAGUCACAGAGAUUUCAGGCGAUCGAUAUGGCUCUCGCCACCCUGCUGCUCCCCUCCUCAGGCGGCUCUACGGCCACCAAGGCUGGCACCGGCGACCACCGCACCGACAGCCGGCGGCAGCAUGACCACCACCACCACCACCACGGGAGCAAGCGCAAGAAGAAGGCACCACCAUCACCGCAACCGUCGCUCCCGUCGUCGUCGGCGCCAAGAACACCGCCAGCAGGCGCACGAAGCCACCGCGUCGUCAUGGCCGCGUCGUCGUCGUCGUCGUCGUCUAGGAAGAGCCCCGCCAUGUCCAUGGUCCCCGCGGCGGCGGGCAAGAACAACAACCACGCCCAGUACCAGUACCAGCAGCGCCGAGGCCACCAGGCGACGACGAAGAAGGCCUCCACCGCGGCGUCAUCCUCCUCCUCGUCCUGGGAGCAGGUGAAGAGCCUGCUGAGCUGCCGGAGCGCGACGGCGGCGGCGCGGGUGCACGACCCAUCGGCGCCCUCGGCGCUGGCGCGGCUCCGUGGCGCCGGCGGCGCGGGCACGUGCGGCGCCUCGCUCUGCGCCAUGCGCGACGUCGUGGUCGACGCCGCCUCCUCCGCGGCCUCGUCGUCCGCCGCCGCGUCCGCCUCCGACACGGCCCCGCUGAACCGCCGCCGCGCGCACCGCGGCGGCGCCUCGUCGUCCUCCACCGCCGGCAACAGCGGUACCAGCAGCAGCCACCACUCGUCGUCCCUGCGGCCGCGUGGCCUCUCCGGCUGCUACGAGUGCCGCGCCAUCAACGUGGAACCCAUGUCAAGGAGGUACCCGAGGCCGAGGGAGGUGUGCGCAUGCCCGCAGUGCGGCGAGGUGUUCACCAAGGCCGACACCUUGGAGCACCACCAGGCCAUUCGCCAUGCAGUGUCUGAGCUUGGUCCGGAGGACUCCGGUCGCAACAUCGUGGAGAUCAUCUUCAAGUCGAGCUGGCAGAAGCGAGACCGCCGCCGCUCCAUCUGCCACAUCGACCGCAUCCUCAAGGUCCACAACGCGCCGCGCACCGUCGCCCGCUUCGAGGCCUACCGCGACGCCGUCCGAUCACGCUGCCGCGCCGUCGUCGCCGCACGGGCCGCCGCCGACGGCAACGAGCUGCUCAGGUUCCACUCCGCUCCCCUCGCCUGCUCCCUCGGCCUCAGCGGCGCCACCGCUCUCUGCUGCUCCUCCGGUGCCGCUGCUGCUGGUGCAGCCGCCGACGACGACGCCGACGCCGCCGCCUCGUCGCCCUGCGGCGUGUGCACGGCUAUACGGCAUGGGUUCGCGCCGUGGGUCGGCGCGCACCCGCUCGGCGUCCGUACCACGGCCAGCAGCGGCCGCGCGCACGACUGCGGCUCAUCAUCGGCUUCACCGUCGUCGUCGUCGUCGGUGCCGGCGGCGAGCGACGUUAACGGCCCUGCGGCUGCCGGCUGCCGCGCCAUGCUGGUGUGCCGCGUCAUCGCCGGCCGCGUCCGCCGUGAUGGCGGCGACACGUCGUCGUCCGCUGCUGCCGAGGAAGACGGGCCCUUCGACUCGGUCGCCGGCGAGGACGCCGCCAGUAGCAGCGUGUACGGGAACCUCGAGGAGCUCUUCGUCGCCAACCCCAGGGCCAUCUUGCCAUGCUUCGUCGUCAUCUAUCGUGUCCUUGAUUCUUGAUGCUUGAAUCAAACAUCACGUUCGCCCAAUGCAUGCUUAGCUUCUUCCUAAUUUCGUCCAUCUGUAUCUGUAUAAACGAAUGAAUGUGGAGAAAGAUCAUGCUGUUAUUUUUCUUCUUCUUCUUUAAAUUUGUUGUCAUUGUCAAACAACUAAUUAAUACUCAUAUAUAUAAGUAUGCCAUAUAUAUUAUAUGUUUGUAA